AUGCCAUCUAUGGAUGAAAAAGCAUACAUAGAGAGCAUGAGNNNNUCUCUACGUAUGAAGACUUUUCUUCCUACAAGUCUGAUUAUUGGCUGGGGUACUGAGAAGGGAGUUGAUUAUUGGCUGGUUAUGAACUCCUGGAAUGAAGGAUGGGGUGACCAUGGCACCUUCAAAAUAGCCCAAGGUGACUGUGGCAUAGACGACGCGGUCCAAGGGUCGCUUCCAGCCAUGAAUUGA